GUCGAGCCCAGCCGUGUAUUAUGCCGCUUCUCUGCAAUAAAAAGCGACCGGAAUAUCUGCAGGGGGAUCGCUGCUACCGGAGCUGCUCGAAGUGAAAAUUGUUGACUGUCGGGUCCUGAGAUGGGAUGUGUGCAUCGAAAAGGCCGUAAGGAGAAGAAAAAGGAACGCUGUAAUCACUAGACGAGUAGAUCUAGAUCGGACGUCAAUCAGUCGUCGCUCCCUCCCCUCGGCUGUCCAGAAUGUCGGCGGUCACAUCUCCCAACCAGGCUGCUCCCACUGUUGUCAACCCCCCUCCCCCUGAAGUGACGAACUCCAGCAAGCCUGGACGAAAAACCAACCAGCUCCAGUACAUGCAGAACGUAGUGGUGAAGACGCUGUGGAGGCAUCAGUUCGCAUGGCCCUUUUACACCCCUGUGGAUGCUAUCAAGCUAAAUCUCCUAGACUACCAUAAAGUCAUCAAGAACCCAAUGGACAUGGGGACGAUCAAGAAGAGACUUGAGAAUAAUUACUACUGGACUGCUGGUGAAUGCAUGCAGGAUUUCAACACAAUGUUCACAAACUGUUAUAUCUACAACAAGCCCACAGAUGAUAUUGUUCUUAUGGCUCAAGCUUUGGAAAAGAUUUUCCUCCAGAAGGUAGCACAGAUGCCCCAGGAGGAGGUGGAACUGCUGCCACCACCUCCAAAAGGCAAAGCUCGCAAGCCUGCCACUGCCCCUGCCUCAGAAACCCAGCAAGCUGCAGCACUGUCCACGACUUCGCCAUCAUCGUCGUGUCCGAGCUCCCCUCCGCAGCCUCCUCAAACACCUGUAAUAGCAGCUACGCCUGUACCAACCAUCACUUCAAACAUCCAGGCAGUGCCACCAGCUGCACCCAUGAUCCCGAGCGCACAACCUGUUGUCAAAAAGAAGGGGGUGAAGCGGAAAGCAGACACCACAACACCGACCACCUGUGCAAUUACAGCCAGCAGAGAAGAGUCUCCCACCCCAAUGCUGGAAUCCAAACACAGCAAGGUGAUCUCCAGGCGCGAGAGCACAGGCCGACCUAUCAAACCCCCAAAGAAGGACUUGGACGACGGUGAGCUGCUCCAGCCGGGCAACAAGAAGAGCAAGCUGAGCGAGCAUCUCAAAUACUGUGAUACCAUUCUAAAGGAAAUGCUGUCCAAGAAGCAUGCAGCCUAUGCGUGGCCCUUUUACAAACCUGUGGAUGCGGAGGCUCUGGAAUUACACGACUACCACGAGAUCAUUAAGCAGCCCAUGGACCUCAGUACUGUCAAAAAAAAGAUGGACAGCAGGGAGUACCAGGAUGCCCAGAGCUUUGCGUCUGAUGUUCGGUUAAUGUUCUCAAACUGCUACAAAUACAAUCCGCCUGAUCAUGAGGUUGUAGCCAUGGCAAGGAAGCUUCAGGAUGUGUUUGAGAUGCGUUUUGCUAAAAUGCCAGACGAGCCGGCCGAGCCCUCCUCUCCCGGAGGUGCUUCUGCCACCGCUGUGGUGAGCAAGAGCACAGGCAGCAGUGAGAGCAGUGCUGAUUCUUCCAGUUCCAGCUCCGACUCAGAGGAGGAACGAGCCACCCGCCUAGCAGAGCUACAGGAGCAGCUAAAGGCUGUUCAUGAACAGCUAGCCGCUCUGUCACAGGGCCCCGUCAGCAAACCAAAGAAGAAGAAAGAGAAAAAGGAAAAGGAGAAAAAGAAAAAGGACAAAGAGAAGGACAAGGACAAGGACAAAGGCAAGCCCAAGGUGGAGGAAGAGAAGAAAAACAAGUCUUCUCAGCAGAACAAGCCGAGCCAGCCAAAAAAGAGCUCGACCAGGAAACCCAACAGCACCUCCACUACCAGGCAACCGAAAAAGGGGGCCAAACCCAGCGCGGCAAACUACGAGUCAGACGAAGAGGAGGCGCUUCCCAUGUCAUACGAUGAGAAGAGGCAGCUCAGCCUGGACAUCAACCGGCUUCCUGGAGAAAAGUUGGGCCGUGUGGUGCACAUCAUCCAAUCCCGUGAACCCUCACUGCGCGACUCAAAUCCGGACGAGAUCGAGAUCGACUUUGAAACGCUCAAGCCGUCAACACUGCGCGAGCUUGAGCGCUACGUCAAGUCCUGUUUACAGAAGAAGCAACGCAAACCUUUACCGGGCACUGGGAAAAAGAGUGCCAAGACUAAAGAGGAACUGGUUCAGGAAAAGAAGAAAGAGUUAGAAAAGAGGCUGCAGGACGUGAGUGGACAGCUGAACAACAACAAGAAACCUCCCAAAAAAGCAGAGAAGGCAGGAACAGCACCAGGAGGCGGGCCGUCCCGACUGAGUGGCAGUAGCAGUUCUUCCGAUUCAGGCAGCAGCAGCUCCAGUGGCUCCAGCUCCGAAAGCAGCGACUCAGACUGAGCUCUCGAUCCCACGUACUUCAGAUUCCUCCAUUUUUCUAAUGAGUAGUGUUUGCUGUCACAAUAGUGUCUCAACUGAAGACCUGUUACGUACCGAGUUAGAAGUUAAAGACUGAGGAUCUUUUUCGAAUAACCUGUUGUAGAACGCCCCUGGUGGAACAGUGUCGAGAUAAUUCACCAGCCCUCAAAGGGAAACACCGGGCAUCUCCAAAAAUAUUUUUGUCGAACACGUUGGUUGUGGAGAUUCCUUCCCUCCCUUCCCCCAGGUGCUUGCUCAUUAGAGCCUAAUGGUAAACGAAUAUUAGUGGACUGAAACUUGGCUGUGUAUAAGUUACCGAGUAGCUUCAUCGAGUAUAAAACAGGAGCAAGCAGCUAACUUUUUUUUUUUCCUCUGGUGUGGUGGUCAUAGCAGCAUGACCUUCAGCUCAUUCCACAUUAUACAGGUAACGAUAACUACUAUUCGUUACUGCUUUUAAAGAGAACUUAUUUAUUUUUCAUCUUCUUUUAACACCUGAUCAAGAAAUCAGUGAUAUUAAAAUUGGUGCGUCACGACUAAGAAGAGCAGGUGAUGCUGUGGCCUGGCCUGUUGUAUUCUUCCGUAAGUGUCAGUAUGGAGUUCAAACCUGUACCUGUACUUUGAGAGGCCUGAAUUUUGGUUACUUCAGUGCUGUAAAUUCCUUCUCCAAGUGCUUGGCUCUCAUUGUAAGUAUUCGUUGUACAAUUUUGUCUGGUAUUUUGUUUUUAAACUACAGUAUACAUUGACAUUAAUGGUUUGUUUUUAUCAAUCAUAUGCCUUUUACCAUACAUUUUUUAAAUAAUGUAUCAUACCAUGGGUAUGGAAUAUAAUAGUUUCUGAUUGGCUUGCGAGAGUGUAUUAGUUGCCUAUAAAAGACGUCUCAGAGGUAGAUCCUUUGUCAUCUACAUAUUGUCUGUUAAGACAACAAGUGUAAAUGUGUUUAAUCUAUUUGGUUUGUUUUUGCCACUCCUGUGCCACUGAAUGACAAAAUAGAGCACAACGUUGAUAGAAGAGGCAGCAUCAUAUGAAAGACCAAUAGUAAUGUGGUGUGGCGGAAUAGAAAUUUAGCUACAUGAUCUAGAAAGGGUUUUAGGUUAUUCUGUAAUUAGUAAGUAAAACCAUAUGGAAACCUUUCUUCCAGAUCCUCAUGGUAUACACCAAAAUACCUGUGGUAUAGGAAACAUCACUGCUUUACAUCAUGUUUUUCAUUUAUGUGUAAUCCUCUGUUUUCUUAUACUGACCUC